CUGAGGGUGGUCCUAUCAUGUCUAUGUAAUUCUCUAUAUCACAUAUCGAAGCAUUAUACAGACGUCAAGUUUACAAGCGAUAUCUCAAAAUAAUGGCGACGGCUCUCUUAAUGGUCGACAUGCAGAAUGCCUUCCUCGACAUGACCAAAGUAGCGCUUCCGAACAUCGUCAAACUCUCACAGCACUUCUCUUCCAAUUCCUGGCCACGUAUCUUCACUCAACAUGGGCACACUCGAGAAGAACUCACACCUCCGUUCAAGAACCAGUUGGUUAGAAAAUGGGGUCCGGAUGGAUCAAUUGCGAAAGGGAGUCUGAGCUGGGAAUUCAUCCCAGAUAUCAAACAGCUCAUCACGUCCGACAGUCCAAUUAUUCCUAAGAACACAUACGAUGCCUUCCUAGGUACGGAUCUCGAGAAGCGUCUGCAUGACUUGGGCGUCAAAAGGCUGGUUGUCUGUGGAGUCAUGACCGACUGUUGUUGUGAUACCACUGCACGGGGUGCCUUCAAUCGUGGUUUCGAGACAUGGUUGGUGAGCGAUGCAACUGGUACGGCGAACAAGAUUCAGCAUGAGCGUGGAUUAAAUGCAUUUGGUUUCGCUUAUGGCGAUGUGAUCACUACAGACGAGGUGUUGAAGAGGCUGAAGUGAAGGACCGGAAGUCAACCGUGGCGUCCCAAACAAGAAAACUGGAGUAUUGCUUCAAAUGGAUAUGACUGACGCGAAAAUACGACCUUCCAUGGAAGCAGAACAUUGAUAGCAAGGUAGAAUAC